AUGAGAGCCCUGGUUGGCGGUGUUUACAACACGCGCAGAAACACCUCAACCCUCAAUCAAGACAGUAACCAAAAUCAACAAUCCAAGUCCAAGUCCAACACUACCAAUUCAACACCCACUCCUACUCCCACUCGACCACGUCUAGCCAAACCUUCUCACUGCCUCCCUCUUCAAACUCGCGACAAAAAUGCCAUGAUGCGUGUGCAAAAGGGAGUGACUCCAAUGCCAUUAAAAAGUGGCAAUGCGAAUAUGGCCCCGUACGAUAAACAGAAUGCAUCGAGACCUCUCAUGCCAACCCUCAGCGCCACCGCCAGACCUUCAGCCAGACAGCCGUUGACUCCUAGAGUAGCCGGCGCAGCUUCUCCCGCCUUAUCCACCCCAUUGUCACGAAGGCCGCAGCGUCUGGAAAGUAAUACCACUCCCACCAGAGAGGAGAUCUCGACUCCUGUGUCUACCUUUCUCAACAGCAAUAUCACACCGAGAUCUGGCUCAAGAAAGAAUCGCGUGGAUAGUGCUAAUACGACGCCAACAGGAACUCCAAAUGGAACUCCUGCCCCGCCUUUGACGAACGAGUCGACCCGAUUUCAUGAUAUACCGGUAUACGGGUCUGGAUUGGGAAUUGCUGGGAUGGAUAACGAUGGUCCGAAACGACAUACGGUAUCCUUCAAUACUCCAUCAGAUAUAGGAGCUCGAAGUCCGGCCUCGAAUUCGGGAGACUCGAAGUUCUUCUUUGCCAGCGAUGCAAAGCCUACACCACCACCCCAAAGACCACCUAUUCAGUCCAAAACCUCGAGUUUCUUUUACGCAAGCGGAGAGAAUAUCCCACAACAAACACAGAGCUCGAGUGCAUCGGCCGUUGGUUCUACAGUGGGAGAGGAGCGUGCUCCAGCAAAGUUCUUUCAUGCUAAUGGUACUCCGGAUCUUCAGCUAUCACCUUCCCCCCAUUUCCCUCCACCAAGACCGAGUUCUGUGGUCUCAAAUUCUACACGUAUGACAUCACCUCGACUAUCUACAGCAAGUCCAGGCACUUUAUCACCCCCUCAGAGACCUCUAUCCCCCACAAAGCUUAAUCAACAGGCUUCAGUACCAUCCUUGAGGAAUACACCUUCUUUACCCUCUCCAGGUAUACCCAGGCCCCAGCAAGUAGGAAGAGGCCAAUCAGCGAAUAAUAUAGUCUUACCUCGCAGACAGAGUAAUGAGGCAGGGCAAAGAGUAAUCAGUCAUGGCCGAUCCACAAGCACAGGCUCAACAGGACCAACACUGAGGAAAGUCUCAGGGGGGAGUUCAAUGAGUUCAAUCGAACCUACAACACCACUGCAUAUGGUUACAAAAUCUGUCCCCAUCUCAACCCCAGAAGAACAACCAGAAGAAAAGUUCAAUGACAAUGCACCUGAGCUUCAAAGCCCCAUUAAAACUGGUCAGACAUUAGACCAGCUCAACGAACUGGCCGCUAACGCGCGCCGGGAACGAAAAGUUUUGGAUCUAGAAAUUACAAAUUCGUCGCUAGAAGCUAUAAACAGGACCCUAGAGCGUGAAAUGCGUAAGCAAACCGCGGAAUUACGACGCUACAGACGCCUGUCCCGCUCCGGUCGACUCUCCAUAGCUACUUCUGCCUCAAUGCGUACCUCCACAACCCUAUCUAUGGAUGGCAUCGAAGGGGAUGCGCUCAGUGACAUGAGCGAAAAAGAAGAAGAGCAGGACGAAGACGAAGACGACUUCGAGAUUGAAGAAUCCUCCGACUCGGAAUCCUCUCUCUCCCCAGCUGCAAUGGCAGAAUCCGAUCUCCGCCACCGCAAAAAAGACGAAAAGCGCCUACAGCUCGAUCUAAGCAAACACCAGCAAUUGCUCAUCGACAGUCAAAAGAUGAACCAGAGUCUCAAACGGUGUUUGGGAUGGACGGAGGAUCUGAUUAGUGAGGGGAGGAAAGCCCUAGAGUACAGUGUGAAGAUUAGCGAUGUCGAGCUUGGGGGACGGGUGCUGGCACCGGAAGAGGUGGGAGAUAAUGAGGGCAUGAGCGACAUCGGAGCGAGUUUGCUCAGGGAGGCGAGGGAGAGAAUGGGUGCUAAUGCGUGGGGUGGUGAGGGGAAGGAUGAUAGGGAUAGUGGGAUUGAAAUCGAUGGAUCUCUGAAGGAACAUGUCCCUCCGCCUUUACCUGCACCUCCGCCUCCAUCUUUACCUCCAUCCUAA